GCAUAAUGAUUACCGUUUAUGAAUCUGAGAUCUGCGCGUCGUAAUCUUAUGGUAUGGAGGCGAGAUGUGGGCAGGUGAGCCGAAAGGGUACAGCUGAGCGCAGGGAUGCAAAACGGGCAAGCCACUGUCUUGAUACGAGGUAAACACACAACAUCUCAACAAUCCUUUGACUCGAGUUUCUUUUACUCAUCAACACUCACUUGAGGAAGAGGCGAGAGUAUUUGAGAAUCACAAUGGAGUUGUCAUCACAAUCUACGAAUUUGGCUGUCUUGGAUGAAAAUAAUAACGAGGCAUUCUUGACGACUAUAUCGUCCGAAACGACACCAAGAACACCAUUGAAGUCGAACAACAACGGCAGAGUUCAAUCAAACAUAGAGAAUGAAUCGAUACAGGUAGCUCGACGAGAAAGUCGACCAACUACUCUCCAUCUCGACACUCGAAUAGCAGAUUCCUCUGAAUCUGGAUCUAGACGAGCUUCACCAUCUGGCACGAUAGGUGAAUCAUCAGCUUCAUCGACGUCCAACCAUAGUCGACAAGACUCUACCGCAUCGUACACGCCUCUACGCAGUGCCAGAGGCUCGCUCUCCCUAGGAGGUACUGCUCACCAUUCGCAUCUGUCUCGAAGAUCAUCACGGUCACAAUCGAGUGUCAACAGAGAAGCAUGGGCACUGCCGCUUGCAAACACAGAUACACUCAUCUUGGUGCCUGAUGCCGUGGCCACAAGGUCACCGUUGUGCACACAGACGAGUGCAGAGUGUCUAGAGACGACACAGACACAGUCAACACAGAGUCAGCCAGAGCCUCGACCAACGCGUCGUCGACGCAAAAGGUCUGGUCGGUACCGAGAAGUACGCAACACGGCGAUUCUGGUUGGAGUACUCUGUGUACUUCUCGUCACAGCGUUGAGCUUGUGUAAGUAGUCGAGUGUUCUGUGUUGAACGAACAAUUCGAGCUGACAUGUCCACAGACUUCGCAAUGGCUCUUCCCAAGGUCAAGGAUAUACCUGCCAGUAUCCACGUCUUCAUCAUCGCCACUCUCAUCGUGCUGGUGGCCUUUGUCCUCCUCUUCUC